GGCUCAUAAUUCAGUGAGACUGUUGCGAUAUAUCGAAGCCAACAUCUAACGACAAUCAAACUACAGUAUCAUAUCUAACAACGUGCGACCAAAGAGGGGAUUAGGAAAUGCGUUCACGAUAACGAGGAAGAUCUUGUGAGAAGUGUGUCGUGAGGCAAUGAAAAAAUGGAAAUAUCUGGACCUUCUUAGCCUAGAAAUCUGUUUCUUGAGGAGCGCGGGAGACUUUGAGGCCUAGAAGUUCGUUAAGGAUGUUGAGUGAGUCUCUCCAGCUAGCUAUGUUCUGUCUGUUCGCGAUCGCCACACCUGUGGCUCUGUCGGCGCCGAACGAGAAUUUGCGUUUCAUGCUGGCGUUUGCGAGGAGGUUGACGGCAUCUAGUCGUGAUAGUACCAUUUUUAAGUAUUGAAGUUGGGAGGAAGAGCUAAAAUCUCACUAUGACCUCUACAGUUCUUGGUCUUUGCUUGGCUACGGCAAUCCCGCAUCCCGCUCCUCCUAAGUCCAAGAUUUUUUGUUACUCGUAACUGAGAUGAAAGUAAUCAGUUUAUUGUAACAUCCAAAGCUUCGAUUAGAUUAGAUUAGAUUUGAAGCCAUGGCCAUACCUGAGUGAAAGUUGUCCAUCAACGAUUUUUCUGAUCAAUGUUUGAGCCCUGGGUUGCAACAGCAGGUUCUUCUUUGACAUGAACUGACUUUUUCAGGUGGAAACUCUACAUCUUCUCUCACGUGUAUGGCCGAUAAGUUUCUACGAAAAUUCCCAUUUAGUGUGUCCAGGGAUUUUGCUUUCGAUAACGUACGUGUGCUGUUUGAAGGCUUCGUCGUCUCUGAAGAGUGAUGAUUUUUAUUCUAUACAUAGAAGUAAAGCCAACAUGGUAUCUACAGUAUCUUCUGCCAGCUCGGUAGCCGGAGGCUCUUCGACGUGCAACACGAAGAAAAGCGCCGCCAGGAUGCCUUCGACAAUGGCGUCGCGCGAGAAGCUGCAACUGGAGUAUAAGAGCUUGGUCGAGGCGCUAAGUAACUCGCAUUUGACCAAGCCAUGGAACGAGCUAACCCGCAACGAGAAGAUUCGAGACGCGUCCUGGUGGUUCUUUCUGCUGUUGCUGCCCAUCUGGGGUUUUCUAUGGCACGCACCCACUUGGAAUCAGCUACACCUGACGAUUUUUCGCACCAAUAUGUGCUUCAUAGCUGCAUCAAUGCUCUGCGUGCAUGUGGUGGGACGGCGUUUUGGGGUACGCUUGCAACCGCAAACGCCUGACUACGUCUUGCUCUUUUUGCACCACGAUUACCAGCGACUAUUACCAAGUUUUUGCUAGGGGCGAGCGUGUUCGCAGAACUAGGAGAAGAAGCGGAAGCUUUGGGGCCGCAAGCUGCGGGGGAACUGUUUGAGGUAAAAUCUGAUUAGGAGUUAUGUUCCCGUGUCAGUGAUCGAGUAGAAGAUUCAGAUAUAUUAGAGUCAGUGGGAGGAGGUACUAGGUAGAAGUGAUGCUUACCCUAAUCAAUUUACCUUUACAGUCAAGAAAUAUUCGACAAGUGCAAAGAAAUACACGAACAGCUCCUUCGCGUCGAGUUCCUUGAGAGUAGCCUGAUCAUCUUCGUCGGGACAGCUCUCGUGACAGUUGCGUUUUAUCGCGAUUUCUACCUCCAGCAGCACACUGGAAUCGUUUGGUCUAUUAGCGCGCUCGAAAUUUGUCAUCACCCCGUCUCCGGUGAGAAGCUCGCUACCCCUGCAAAUUCGCUGCAACGGUAUUUGUCAGUCCAUUUGCCUGUUGGCGCCUUGGCCGCUGAUUUGUGGCUCUACGUGAAACACCGGUCUCUUCAUCGCAGUUUGUUUCUUUAUCAAACGGUGCACAAAGUUCAUCAUCAAUUCAAGUCGCCGCUGGUGCUGGCAGGCUUCGCUAUUCACCCCUUCGAGGCUCUGUGGACACUUUGCUUCGCUCUAGCGUGGAAUAUGCCGUCGAUGCCGCACUGUAUUCCAAUAGUCGCGCCUUUGGUUUUCGCCUUUUAUUUUCUCAAUUCAUUGCUAUCUGCACUGCGGCUACGCCUUCGACUGGGUCGAGCUGGUAUUGCCUGCGCUGUUCGUGAACACCUCUAGCUUCCACAACAUGCACCACGAGCGGGUUGCGUCGCACUUCUGUGAGGUCCUCUUGCUCUGGGAUUGCGUAUUAGGCACGGCGCCAAUGACCUACAAAGAAGGCAGAAUACCUGGUUAUUGGUGGCACAGCCAGAGGUACGGAAAAGGACGUGAAACUGAUAGGCCAGCAGGGAAAGGCAAAAGCAGAUAACGAACGGUAAACACAAGUACCCCGGUGGAAGAAGAUAGGCAUUUUAAUAUAGAUGACAUGCGGGCAAAAAUCUUCCACUGCGAUGAAAACCUAGAUGAUCAUCUAUUGUUUCGGACUUUUAUUCUGUUGACCUGCGUCAGCGUCAUGCUUUAAUGAAAAUGAUACUAGUUUUAAUUGCUGUUUGCCUGCAUGGAGAACCAGAAAUAUAUGUCUCUCGAGAACCUCAAUGUUGGGAAUGCCUUUCUCCUUCACAGCUUGUGUUGUAAGUGAAGAUCCGCAACAGGUCAUGAUUUUUGAAAACACCGAUGAAAAUGAUCAUUACAUGUAUUUCCUCCGCCGGACAUGAUAUGUCUGUCAUCAAGUUUUCUCUUGGUCGCUCCGUGAACACUAAAAGAACUCAUGCAACGGGGGAACAACAUUUAGUUAUUUUCUUUGUUGCUCCGUGAAUCUGUA